UUCAUUGUAGGACAAAGUUUUAGGAUUAAAUCCCAGAAAAAGGCCAAAAUGUUCUCUGCUGGAUUUGGUAGUAACUUGCAAAAAAUAUUAGGUUAGCCAAUACCAUUAGAAUAGCUUGGUGUUUAAUUACAUUUGAACGGUAAAAUAGUACCUUGAGUACUAAAGGACACCUUCCUAUUUAUUAAUACUAUUGGAUCAAUAUAAGAAAUGUAUAUAUAUAUAUAUGAAGACUUGAAGAGCAGAAUACAUGGCAGACUCACGAAACAAAAUGUCUGUCUGCUUGUUUGAGGCCAGUUCUGAGCAUUGUGUGCUGCUGUGUGUGUGUCUCUAGAAACACUGAGGUCUAAAUAUGCAGUCAUGUCCGUCUCAACGUCUACACAAUGGGACCUGGGCGCUGCUCUCUUUCCUCCUGGGUUGUAUAGUCAAGUGCAACAUGCUCAGUUCUUAGUAGCCCACGUAAACCACAGCUUAAGUCGUAUGAAUUGAAAGUACUUGUUGCUUUGGUGUUACAAAAACAAAACUAAAGUCAUACCAGUAUACACCCAGUAGAAACAGUGCUGUUUCUACUGGUUGUUUGGAUUGGGCCAUGACUGUAGCUCGACUUUGACAUUUAUAUCCUCGGUGUCAUGGCCUAUAUAUUACCGCUGUAAUCUAUGUCUUGUCAAUUAUUGCCAGGCAGUAAAAUGAGAUUAAGGAAAGCAGCUCAUCUCAUCUGAUCUGUGUGAUUUGUUGACCCUGUGACGUGAAUAUUUCUUUACUUACUAUGUGAAGCCUGAGGCAGACUAAAAGUUUUAAAGAUGUAAAAAUAAUAUAAAGAUAUUAUCUUUAAAGCCUUGGUCUACAAUUGACCAAUUUGAUAAUAAAAUAAUAUGUUGACUUUAAUAAUCUAAAACUGAGGUGAUCAGCUAUUACUGUUUUGGAGUAAUUUAAUUAAGAAUGUUAAUUCUCAGCACUUACCUAUUGAAGUUGGUUUAGUUUUGAAAAUACUGACACUGCAGUUAAUGAGACACCAUGAUGGUUCAUGAACCUUUUAAAAAUCUUGUCUCAGUUCAAUCAUUUUGUUUAUCACAGACUGCACAUGCUGAAGAAAUUGGUCGUGUUGGUUCCAUUACCAAAAUGAAACAGACUUCGUCAGAGAUAGCUGAUGCGUUAAACCAGUUUGGCCCACAGAACCAUCCCAUUCAGCCUGUAACUGGAUUCCAAAAUAAACUUCACAAGUGUAGUUGAUGACCCCUGACAUAAACCUUAGUAGAUGUUAUGUCAGACUAUUAUUUUAUACGUCUGCCACAGUUCUGAAUAAUUUAGUCGUGGUGAACCAGGCUGUACAUGAUGAUGAGGAAGUCCUGAACCGUGAACAGCAAACUAACCUUUAACAACAUCGGGAACAAAAAAUGGGAAAAAAGAAAAGCCUGAGGAAAAGAAAACCAAACAUGUUAAAUAAAAUGUGGAACAUGCUCCUGAAUAAAAAGAUGGAGAAGAUUAGUUGUUUGUAGAGAGAGGCAGUACUUGGCUGGAGGAAGGGAAUAAUGGAAGGAGAUAGAGAUGGGAGUGUGUGGUUUGAAGGGUUGGUUAGGAGAGGUGGGGGUGCAGAAGGGGGCGUACAACCCAAAAUAGCCAGCUCACAUGUUUGCUGUGUGCACGGUGAGCUAUUAAACUAUCAGAAAGGCCUCCUGCUAAAUGCUGGGCAAAUCUUCAUUCCCACCUCUGAUUUUUUUUAAAGGUUUAAAUGAGCAAAACUGAUCUUUUUACUUUCUGCACAUAUUUGUGGAUUUUUACAUCUCCCUGAAACCCAGAGGUUUUGGCCUCAAGACUCACACUCUUUUUGUCUUAAUCAUAAAGCAUGAUGUUUGACAUUUUCUGGGGAGAGUAUUCCUAAAGAGAAAAGGUCAGACACACACAUACACACACUUAGACAGACAACAUGACCUGCCGUGUUUGCACCUCUGACUGUGUCGUCUCAUAAAUACCGACUUGUCGGGGGUUUUGUUCCGUUCGCAACCCAUACAAAACAUACACUUGCCGUCUCUUGUUGGACAAGCCGAGACACAAACAUCCUACACACGCGCUCCGUGCUGUUGAUUCCUCUCAUUCCACAGUGCGUUUCAACAUGCACACUGGAUUGUUGUCGUCCUCUUAACACUUUUGUUUCUUCUCCCACUUUCUCUCACUUCCACUUUGUUUUUUCGCUUUGUAACUGUCUCCGUUCCAUGUCUGUGUUCUGGGUCAAUGUGCCGUCUUUAUAUCAGGCUUCUUUUUUGUUUUUUGUUGUUUUUUUUUUUGUACGUUGUCACGACUAAUUGUCGGAGCAAAGUAUGUUGGGGGUCAAGCGGCUGAACUGCCAUCAUAGGAGUGCGCUGUGAUUGGCUUACCUUGAGGUUUGUGUGACAUGUUAAUCGUGUGUUGAUGUGCACUUUGGUGUUUUUAGGGAUACAGGCUUACAGGCAGCCCGUGUUGACCGAUGGAAUAUAUGGUAAGGCAUUCACAUGAUACAACCAAGCAAUGAAGAACACACCAUGGCACACUGACUAAAGGGCCGGCACGUAAUGUUACAAUGUAACCUGAUUUAGUGGAGUCUAGACGCAUUCGUUCCAAUUGUGUUUAAGUUACUGCUCAACCACAUCAAUCUGCUGCUGACCUGCACUGUGUGUUCAUGUGGUACAAUAAUAAUUACAAGAAAAAAGUAAAAAUAUUUUAGUUACCCUGUAAAAACACUUUACAGUCAUUAUUACAAUGAGGUUUAACUUGAGGAUUUACUUUUAAUUCAAUAUUUUAUGGUUAUUGAAAAUAAUGUUUUGAUGAUGAUUUAAUUACACUUAUUUUUGUGAGUGGUUUAUUAGGUUAAACCAGCCAAUUGCAUUUUUUUUUUAAAUCAGUGUUACCUUAUCCAGUAGUGGUGCAAUAUCCUCUCUUACUAAUGCGUACAAUGAAUCAUUGUCUGCAGUGGGUUUUUUUUCUCUCUAUUGUGUUGAAAAUUUUAACAACCAGAGAAUUAUUUUCAGGGCAGUGAGAUAGAGUUAGACUGCUGUUCAGUGUGAUACUGUAUUGCCAUCAAGUAAAAAAAAAAAUCAGUUCUUAAAUUGUAACAUGUUUUAAAAUUGCCUUUAUGCCUGCCACAAAGCCAUUGUGUGUCUUGUGUUCAUUGGUUGGAGGUAUGGUGCAGACUCUUGGUGGAGGAAGCUGUCCUCACCAGUGAGGGACAAGUUUUACCUUACAUGACACUAAAACUCCAUGUCCCCGAGUGCACUCCUGGAUUGUGUAGUGGCCAGAUGUAGUACUGCAGCUACUUUUGUUUGGGGAGUCAUGUGAGGACUCCUGGCUCCCUGCACUCCACUGUGAUUGUUCCACUGAUGCUCUAUGGGUGGUUUCCUCUGCUUUCUGCACUGCUGCCUUCACACCAGAUAAACCCGAGCGUCUUGACCCGACUCUGAGACCUGCACUGUCUGCUGCCACACUAACAAAAUCAUCCACUUUGUUAAAUGUUUGCUCACAUUAACCUGAUCUUAGACCUGGACUAACGUAGGUAGGUAUAUUUUUGACUGAAUGUCAGCGUUAUUCCCAUUUGUGAUUUUUUUUUUUUUCAACUUAUCAUUGAGAUAUAUUACAGUGACCUCAUGUUACGCUCUUUACAGCACACGGGGGGGGGGGGAGAGGGGAGAUGAACUCGCUUCCCCUUUCUGUCUCCAUCCUCCAGCUUUCCUUUUUCUCCCCUUUCACUCCGUCUCUCAGGUUACCAAACAUGAACAAGGGAGGAGCGUUGAAUAGGCAACAUGGACAAGCUCUACUCCCCACAAGUGCACACAUGCACACGUGCACACGCUUUUCCAUCCCUGCCCUCGUUUGCCUCCCCCUCAUCUCCCGUUUCCCUUUCAAGUGUCUGCAUUAAUGUGCAGGAGCAUAGCAUCGUUUUGUGCAUAUACACAUGAACAGUGCUAAAUGACUGAUGCUGCAGAGAGCAGAUGGGGGGAAGGGGAGGAAACAGGAAGGAGGUAGGAUGGGAGAAAAGAGAGAGUUGGGGAGGGCAGAGACAGCAGCUGAGUGUGUUGUGUGUGUGUGUGUGUGUUUUUGUGUAUGUAUGAGUGGGGGAGAGAGAUAGAGACUGAAAGAGAGAGCAUGGAAGCCAGCAUCACCCACCCAGACUAGGAGGAGGGGAGGAGAGACGGCGUGCUUGUUCCUCUAACAGACAGAAGUGGAAGGAAAGUGGGAAUGAGAGACAGACGUGAGGGGAGAAGAGGAGCACAAUGAAGGAGUGCCAUUGUCCAUCCUGGCAGCACUGACAGUUCACCAUCUGCUCAAAGAGUGAAGGCAGAAGAGAGAACAAUAUUGAGAAGGGAAGGGAAGAGGAGGAGGAGAAGAGGAGGAAGUCAAACGGGAACUUUGUGAGAUGAAGAGGAGCUGCCGGCAGUGACUUUGUGAAUUAAUCGAGCGGAAGAGGAGAAGCACGUUUUUAAGGGAGUGGAUGAACGGAGAGCCAGAAAGACGAGAGGAGGAGGGAUGAAAGACCGGACAGUCUGUGGCUGUUUAAACAUUAACGUGUUUCUUAUGUGAAAUUUUGAAUUCAGUUUCAGGUGAAAUGCUGUGGAAUUUCAGCUAAAUACUAUUUAAACCAAAAAACAAGAAGUGUGUUGGUUUUCAGUGUUUAUUAAAAAAAAAAAAAGGAACUUUGUGAGAUAUUUAGGAGCGUUGACUCAUACAGAACACAGACUCUGACACUUUUUUUCUUCAGUGUAAAUACGGACUCUUUGUAACAUUUCCUCUGCAUGGUCUUUGUUAUCUGCUGCGCAGAGUAAUGAGGACGUUUUUUAUGCAUCAUUUCUAUACCUGAGUUUGUGUCUUUUAAAAGUUAACAAGUUAAUGUUGUGUUGGUUCACACUGUCAGCGGAGAAGUUCUUUCUUCUCUGACCAACAUCAGAGAUACAAGAUAUUUACAUUCUCUGAAUGGAAUCUUGUGCAUGCAGCCAACAUGGGAUGUCAACAUUGAUUGGGUUUUAUGGCUGGCGCGACGCUAGUCAAACUUUGAUCAUUUCCUGAAACCUAUUGAUUUUUUCUGGAGGCUGUGUAGUUUUUUCCUGUUAUUGUGUGGAGAGAAAAAAAAAGAGGCUUUUUGAUGCGUCCGAUAAUUGCUGCUCUUUGAUUUGACAAAUCAGUUAUCUUUCCGUCUUAACAAAUUUGCCGUUGUCAGGACUGUCCUCCACAGGCAUCUAUUUUAAUGUCUGUCGCUAUAGCAACGUGCAGCAGCUGCAGACAGACGGAGAUGUAAAGUUCUCAUACUUAUCUUAUUUUUUAGAAGCGGUGCUGUUCCAAUUGUUCCUAGUGUAUAUUUAGUGUGUUGUAGGCACCAGACCUAGUUUGUUUUAGACUUCCCUUUUCAGACAGGUUUGUUUUUCUUUGUUAGACGCUCCUUAUCUUUGCGGUGCUCAGCAGCCUCUGAGGAUCAGGGUUGUUUCAGGUCACCUGUCUCCCCCUCCCCAUUAUGUAUGUAGGUCUGUGUGCUACUGUGCUCAGCGUGGUCGUCCUCAUCUCACCUUAACUGUCGGCGUCUACAGCAGAGGCUGGAUCAGUCGGGCUGAUUCCACAGAAUCAGCAAACGCUGCGUAUUUGUUGGUUUUGUACCAGCUUCACUUCUUCAAAUCACUCGGCGCAGCUGCCUGGCCUCAAGGCCACCAGUCACUGGUCAUUAGGUGUGCUGUGUCUGUGACAGUCGCCUCAUCUUUCUGUCUGUCUAUCUGUGUGGGUGACUCAGGAUUCCUUCACAUGUAGAGGACCGUGUCCUCUGCAGUCGCCUGACCUACACUGUGUUUUGUGUGUCGUGCGCUCAGACGUACUCAGGCAACGGAAGACACACCUGAACACACCUGCUACUAAAUCUGAGUCUACGGUGCCGGCCUUCUUUUUUUUUCCUUUUUUUUUUUUUUUUUGACCUUUUUAAAAUACGUUUUGUUAGGAGAGUUACUGACUGAUUCUCAUGCAUAUCUCUUAACUGACGUCUCCAGCCAUACUUCUGUACAGUUUUCUGGAAACAAUCCCAGCCUGUUUGGCAGUACACACUCUUGUGACUGGAACUUCCAUGGUGCUUUUUAGCCAGACCAGAUGGAUGUCUAGCAGGGUUUGUUAGACAGUCCCUCUGUGGUGCUAGACUGGUGUGGGCGACUGUUCCUUUGCCAUUCAUUCUCUCACCCACUGCAAGCUGGUACACUUAACCACUGAACACAUCCUUGUGACUCAAUAGUCUUUAGAAAACGUUACAUUUUCACCCGGUUUUUAUGUACAAUCGGUGCCAAAUCCACAGCUCGUUCAGGAGGUUUUAGACCGGCUGUGUCUCUCUUUUGAGAGAGUCCAUGCCAACAGGUUAUAAAUACUAAUAGUGCCUGGACAGCACUGAUGUUAAAGCGAGACGCUAACUUGCUGCAUGAUUGUAGGUAGAGUGUCUACUGCUGAGGUCAAACUGCUGCAGACUGUUUCUUUAGUGGGUGUUGUGGAUGCAAGAGACUGUUAAUGUAAACAGACUGUUGUUUGCCUUUUGGGUUGGACUAUGCAGAGCAUGAUGUACCUGUGCUUUUGUACUACAUAGAACUGAGAGCAAAACUGCUGAUUGCCGUUUGUGUCCGAGGUGCGGAAGAGAGUUGAGUCGAGGGGUAAAAUAUCUGGUUUAAAACCCUGUACUGUAUCUGAGUCUCUCAGGUAACUGACUUAAAUCUGGGAAUGCCAUUUGAUGUAGGCAGUCAUAAAGUUACAGGGUAAGAGCUGUUGGCAUGUCAACAGUUUACUUUCAAUCAAGCAUUUGCAGCUAGCUCAUGUCCAGUGCUAACGAUCCUUCAGCAUCAUUCAGGGAACCCUGGGUUGGGAGUCUAAACCAGACCAAUCGGGUCUCGUUAUCGUCACAGCAAACUCGCUGUCAUCGUUGACCAAUGACCUAUAUUCCCCCAGUGUCACAUUAGAACCGUGUCACUGCAGUGUGUGUCACUGAACCAGUCACAGACAACAUUUAACACCGAAACUACUUCUCUCUAAUGGUGCUCUGAAGAGGAGAAAAAAAAAACCACUCAAGGUGGCCAGUUUAAGGGAACGCUCUUGAACCAGGGCAGCCUCAGUUCUUUUAGCCAUAUCAGGUACUACAGUCAGGGACGGGGGCAACUGUGCUAGCCCACUCUUAAGUACUCUUAACUUCUUUUUCUCUGUUUUCUACUGGUGUCUAAACGGUGCAACAUGUCCAGCCUUUAGCCAUCCUUUCCACUUAAGAGAGGCUGAAAGACAGGAGUCACCAUUAAUACAUUAGACAGAGGGACUGUUAAACAGGACAGCCUGGAGACCGGGAGAGCACACGAGGGAGGGGGAGUGGGGAGGGAGGAGAUCAUCUGGAAGAGAAGAGAGGAAGUGGUGGCUCGGGAGAGGGCAGAGGCGUUGGAGAGACAGAGGUUGGCGGAGUACAUCGUUUGGAAGAAGAGAGAGGACUUCCAGGAGAGGAAAGGAGACAGAGAGAAGGCAGGGAAGGGUGCAGAGACAGACAAGGAAGCUGAGCCAGAAGUGAUCUGGAAAAAGAGAGACGAGGAAGGAGACGCAGGGAGGAAUAGAGCGAGAGCCAUUCAGAAAGGACACGAAACCAUUUGGAGGAAGCGGGAAAGGGAGUAAGAAGGGGCAGAUCAAUAAAAGAGAAUGAACAUACGAUGCCCUUGAAGAGUACAGUCUGUGCUGAGAAAGACGCACUGGAGACAUAGCCAUACAUCAGUAGGAAUCCUCUCUCUUCUUCACCAGCUCCGAGCUUCACUGAGCUCUGCAGGUGCUCACAACCAAUUGGAGCGGUGUAUUUUGUGUGUGUGUCUGUUGCCGCUGUGUUGGUGCACACACACACACAGCCCCCUUGCGAUUCUCUCAUUGGCUACUAAUAGGAUUUUUAUGGGCCUGUGUCAAGCAGGAUAGAGCUGCCAAGGGGAGCUGCUUCACACAUGCAGGCAAGUGAAUGUGGCAACACACACACGCACAGAUACUCGCAUACAGGCAUUGUGGACAGGCUUGGUUUACACUGCCUCACAUGCAUUUAAGACAUGCGAGGGGUUGCUGAGAAUUGCUGAUUCUCCAUGGUGCUACGGACAGCUGGAUAAUUUUCCCCCUCACCAAGAACUUGUCACAAAAUGUUGUUUUACAUUUGGCAAAAACACCAUGAUGAUCAGUUCAUGGAGAGCUAAGACCACAUCACCAUAUCACUCCCUGGGAACACACUAAACAACGAAGCAGAUCAGAAGUGACUUGAUGGCAACAUGAUCUGCACUGGUGCACUACAAAACUUUUUUCAUCUGCAUUUGCUCGCAGACGGGACACGUUGCUUUUCCUCUUCGCAUUUUUUAAAUCUGCUGUCAUCGUGGAAAAGGCCUUUUUUGAAGCAGUUUGGUUUCGGCUGCACGAUAAUGACAGGCGGACGGGGCAACAGUGAGAUGGAAGCAGCUCCAACACUGAGCGAAAUAGACAGAUGGCUUUACAUCCUGUCUGGAAGAGACUUUUAGUCCGAGAGACGUUGAAACGAUCACUAGAGCCCGUGUGGACAUCUGAGAAUCUAAAAACUGACACUGCAAAUACAUGAUGGAGCUUGUUCCAAAAACCAAGUACACACACUUUCGGAGCGAAUCUCUGAGCUCGACCGAUGAAACAAACUCCAACCCAUCAUCGUUCCCUCCAUCCAGUCCCGUUACCCCGCUUACUCCCUCUCCUGGUUUACCUUCUUCUCUCUCCUCUUCAUCGCUCACUCCUAUCUUGCCCCCCUCUUCUCCUCGGCAAGCAGAAAACAGCCCCACCACGCUCUGCUCCUUUUUCCCCCGGAUGGGGUCCCUGCGCCUGGGUGUAUCUGCCACCCUCUUACCAGGACUCAAGGCCUCCAGCAGGCCACAGCAGCUUCAGGCGCCUGUUGAGUCCUCAGGGGAUGACAGGAGCAGCUCCAGCUCUUCUCCUCCACUCCACCACCCUGUUCCCCUGUUAACUGUUCCUUCUCCUCCUCCCCGACCUCCUCUGCAGGACAUGAACCGGCUAGGAGGGGUGUCCAGGAGGGCAAGAGUAGAAGGAGGGCAGCUGGGAGGAGAUGAGUGGACUCGCCACGGCUCCUUCGUCAACAAGCCCACUCGUGGCUGGCUGCACUUGGACAAUGUGGUCAGCACCAGCGGUGUUUCCUACACUGUUCGGUACAUGGGCUGUGUGGAAGUUCUACAAUCAAUGAGAGCACUGGAUUUCAACACCAGAACUCAGGUCACCAGGGAGGCGAUCUCUGUGGUGUGUGAGGCGGUACCAGGAGCCAAAGGAGCCCAACGCAGAAGAAAGCCUUCCACUCGCUGUCUGACAUCAAUCCUGGGGAAGAGUAACCUGCAGUUCGCGGGCAUGACAAUCAGCCUCACCAUCUCGACCAGCAGCCUCAAUCUGCUGGCCUCUGACUGCAAACAGAUAAUUGCCAAUCAUCACAUGCAGUCCAUCUCCUUCGCCUCUGGGGGAGAUCCAGACACAGCCGAGUAUGUAGCAUAUGUGGCCAAAGACCCUGUCAACCAGAGAGCGUGUCAUAUCCUGGAGUGCUCAGAGGGAUUGGCCCAGGAAGUCAUCAGUACUAUUGGCCAGGCCUUUGAACUGCGUUUUAAACAGUACCUAAAGAACCCACCCAAACUGGUCACACCCCAUGACAGAAUGGCACCGUUUGAUGGCUCUGCAUGGGAGGAAGAAGACGACGAAAUUGCGCCACCUCCUGAUGUCCCCUAUUAUAAUAACUUCCCUGGAAAACAACCUCCCCCUGGUGGACUCGUUGAUAUGAGGACUCGUCCGGGAGCAACACUGCCAUAUGGACAACCAGGACAUAAUGACAUUCACAAGCAGCCUCUGCCACCUCUGCCAGUGGGGGCCAAGGAAGGGGGUCGGGAAUUGUUUGACGAUCCGUCAUAUGUCAACGUGGACAAACCCCGCCCCCCAGUUGCAGCGAAUGGAAAUGCUCACAGAGAUGCGUUUGACAUGAAGCCUUUCGAUGAUGCCCUGGGGGUCUCAGUGGUGGCAACGCCCCCUCUGGUGCAACAGUUGCAGUGCGAGGCCUGGUUCCACGGCAGCCUCAGCCGCAAGGAAGCAGAGAGGCUACUGACCCGAGAUGGUGACUUCCUGGUGCGAGAAUCUGGGACCACGCCUGGACAGUAUGUCCUCACGGGACAGCAAGGCGGUCAGGCCAAACACCUGCUACUGGUCGACCCAGAAGGAGUGGUCCGCACCAAAGACCAUCGGUUCGAAAGCGUGAGCCACUUGAUCAGUUACCACAUGGACAACAGACUGCCUAUUGUAUCAGCUGGUAGUGAAGUGUGUCUGCAACAGCCGGUGGAGCGCAGGGCCUGAUGUUAUGCAGACUAAUGAAAACAACACCAAAAAUACACACACACACACACACACGAACAUGCAUACACGCCAGCAAACAGCACCACAUGCAAAUCAGCACCACAUGAAUGCCAAAACAAAAACAGCGACACUGCACUUACCUACAUUGAAACAGACACAGGAUGCAAACAACGAUGGAAAACCAAAAGAAAAGUUUAAAAAAAAAAUCAUUUUCUGCAAAAAUCACUUACUUGCUGCUGUUGCCACAUGUUCCUGUCCUUUUUUUGAAAGCUAAACUGUGACCUGCAGUUCCUUCUCCGCCCCAAUGACGAUCAGGCGCAACACUCCACCUGUGGAGAAGCACUGCUGCAAAUUUCCUUUACUGUGAACCAGGGAGGAGCCGUUCGCUUCUAUCAGAAUGGGGGUAGAAUAUAAAUGCAAUUUUCUUAAAAAAAAAAUUUAAAAAAAAAGAAUAAAUGUCAUAACAUUGAUGUAAAACUCUAUACGAUGGAUUUAUGUGCAAAGAGAGACAGAGCGGAACUGAAGAGUGAACAAAUGAACAGUGAUGUGACAUGGAACGAGAUUCUCCGUACUUUUAUGCAUGUCUUUGUCCAUUUGGUGGAAAAGUUUUUGUUUUUGUUUUUGUUUUUCUCUCUCGCUCUCCAAAGACUGUCACUGCAAUGUAGUAGGAAAAACUGGAUGGCGCUGUUUCUUGGUUGUGGACGUGGAACCAGGGUCGAAUGUAAAGACACUCCUUUCAGGUGUUGUCGUUGAGGUCUUCAGCAGAACGUCUGGCACUGACGUCGUCCUGCAGGACAAAUAUGCAUUAAAAGUCAGCUUCCAGUCUGGUCAGGAGGUCCACCGUGACACCUGGUGUGGAGGAAAGCAUAUAUGCAAACCUGGGAUUGCUGAACCAAUGAUCGCCGUGUGCUUUCCUUUUUGUUGUUUAUAUCGUGGGAGUCAUCGCUUAUUGUACAUUUGGGCUUCAGGAUGAUCUAAAGAGCUUUAUUGACAUAAUUCUUCUGUAAACACAAAUUCUCACAAACCUUUUUUUUUUUUCUUUUGUUGUAACCAUAAAUCAUUUGCAACACCUGUCAUGCCAAAGAACAUGAGCGAGGUUGCUAAGGAAAGUACUGUUAGCAACACUUACUGUAUUUUGUGUAAUUACAACAUUGGGAACACAAUAGAUGGAAAUGAUAUGCAAAUGACACAGGCCUGUUUUAGAUGAAGGAAAAGAUCAGAGGUGAUGGUGCCUGAAUACAUCAUCUAAAGUGCACUUCUGUCACCUCCAAACACAACAACGACUAUUUUUACAGAAGCGCAGGCCGGACUGUCUGACCUGCUGCUAUGCAUUGGCAUCUUAGUAUGUGUUUGCAUUGACAAUCUACGGCUCUUGGGUGUUUUCUGAAGCAGAGAAGAGUUGAUAAAGACUGAAUAACCCGCUGCAAAAAUGGUGCAAGUGUGUCCUAGUAACGGGUCUGAUGAUGUGUCUACGUGUUGUGAUUUUGACGAAUGACUUUUUUUUUUUAUUAUUAUUCACCUGAGGGAAUCAUUUAAAAAAAAAAAAAAAAGCCUUGUACCAGUUGGAACGGUUUUUGGAACGGUGUUAAAGACAAACGUGUUUUUUCGGCGCGUCGCUCCGGACACUUUUUUUUUCGAAUGCUGCUGUUGAGUUUGCUGUUUUCACCAACUGCUUCCUGCUUCUCCACGAUGUUGUUUUUUAUGUCUUUUAAAUUGUGCCUUGUUUCUUCAAUGCAGCCAUGUCACUUCAGUGCAGUCACCAGAUGUACAUAAUGCAAAUGUGUUUGAAUUUGACACAGACCUCUCAGUAGUAAAAAAAAGAACAAACAAACAAAAAAAAUGCAAAAAUGACACUCCAUGAAAUACGGACAGACCCAGUGAUGGCAAUCUCUUCUGAUGUCCACUCCUGCAUCCAGCAUUUAGAUACACAGAUACUUGAUGUCACCCUUUACGAGGGGGUGUGUUAUCUGACCAUCUGUAAAUAACAUCCACUCCUUCUUGGUCAGUGUUGGAUUAGUACAGUAUAUAUGUAACGAAAUAAUUUGAUAAGAUUCCACCAGAGCCACACACACACGACACUGAGGUCGCUCUCGAAGCCAUUCAAGGUUGUAACAGAACUCCUGAAAUAUGAGAGAUCUUAACGUAAACCUUAAACUGUCAACUAGUCCUCAGAGUCUGAAGUGGCCUCAUGUGUAAAUUUAACAUACAGUACAUACAUACACACCAGAGAGACAGCUGCAUCAGCCUUACACACACACACACGACACGUGGACUGGAGGUGUGUGUGUGUGUGUUAGUGUUUGUUCCACCUGACUCUCUGCAUCUUUCUAGACCUGGUCCCAUGAUACCGUGGGUUCAUCACAGUUGCCUUUGUUGCAUGAAAAUGCUUUGAAACCAGUGUUGUGUCGGUGAUGGUGUUAGUGCUAAUGAUGCUGUUCCUCUUUUGAUUUGUGUUGUGUUCAAAGCCAAAGGUUUCUUUUCAGUUAGUGUGCACAGAUGACGGUUUUUACUUUAUACAGUAUGUGUAUGUUUUUAUUACUUUUUCGUUGUUAGGGAAAAUAUCUGUUUACAUCUGUAUCUGAAAAUAUAUAGAUUGCAUACAUAAAUACAUAUAUCAUUCA